UGUCGAGUUAAACUGAUCUCUCUACGAUUUUUAUUGCUUUACGAAUCUUCUUUCUUUUUUCUUUUAUAACCACUGCAUGCGUAAAGUGUUUUUUUAAGCGUGCAGUCUCCAGGUGCACGGACGAGCUCUUCUCGGUAAACUUUUUGUUUUUUUUGCACAACCUACCUGAGUUGUGUUUCCUCGCUGCACGCCUCCACUUCUCUCCACCAUGGAUUUGGUUUGGAUUGUGGGCUUCGUUGUGAGCGUCUGCGCCUGGUUUGCUUCAGCGGAGCGGCACAGCGUCUACUGGAACAGCACGAACCCAAAGUUUCUAUGGGACGACUACACCGUGGAGGUGAAGCUCAAUGACUACCUGGACAUAGUGUGCCCCCAUUACCCCCAGGGUGAGGUGCCAUUGCUGGAUGCUGAGCGGUAUGUGCUCUACAUGGUGGAGCGUGAGGACUACGAAUCCUGCAAGCCCCAGUCAUAUGACCAGAUGCGUUGGGAGUGUGGCCACCCGUUUGCCCCUCACGCCGCAGAGAAGUUCUCGGAAAAGUUCCAACGUUUUACUCCGUUUACUCUGGGAAAGGAGUUCCGCCAAGGAGAAAGCUACUAUUAUAUCUCCAAACCUUUGCACCACCAUGGACAGGAGUGCCUCAGGCUCAGGGUGGACGUCGUAGCGGCUGAUGGCUCUCAAGAGGCCAGAGUGGCUAAAGGAGGCACAGGUGGGGCUGUAGUUGGAGCUGGGGGUGGGGUUCACAACCCGUCCAACAGACUGCCUGCAGACGACCCAGUGGUGAUCCUGCCAGACGUCCAAAAGAGUGUACGGUCAAACUCUGCAGUGACGGCUACAUCCCUCUCAAUCCUCUCAUUGCUAGUCCCAUUUUCAUUACUGCUAUUGUUGCACUGAGAGUACAUGAAAGGACUGCUGUUGGCAGACUUUUUUUCAGGGACUACAAUGAAGACAGUCUGUGGGGAUGAAACCACUGACUCAAACAGACAGUUUUCCAUGCCCAGUGCUGGCCACGGGGAGAGACUUUUGAAGCGUGUAAAGUACAGAUGGACUGCACUUACACGUGCUGAGUAACUCCUGAGCAUUUGAGACAAAGUAUGUGUGCUUUGUCUUAUUUUUCAAAAGGUGACAGUAUUUCUUUCUUGGAUAGACCAAGCUCCCAUUGAUUUUUUUUUUUUUUAGGGCUCAUUCCAAAAAACCAUGAACCUCUUUGGAUGAUAACCCUAGAAGACAAUAUGAAGAAGUUGAAGAGGAACCAGAAGAGCAAUCUAGAGCAAAGACACCAACUCUGUUUUGAAUUAUACAAAUUUAGAUGGGAUGAAUCCAUGUUCAAUGGAAAAGUAAUCUCCUACCUUUUUGAGCCAAAGAUCAGUCAUCUCUCCAACUUGUACACUAUUCCACCCUUGAGUAUUGUGUACUAUUUGUUGUAUUGUUAUCGUAAUGGUAUUGAGUGGCAUUGAUAUCCCAAGUGAUUACUUUCUCUAAAUGUAGCAUUGACACGGGGGCUCUUCUCAUGACCACCAUUCCUUUGCAAACUCAACCAUGUGCUUAUACUGUAGCACUAAUACCGCACAGUACAGACACACCAACAUACACUCCACAACAGUGUUACACACAGACACACACAUACACACACACGGACAUCGGAUGACAUAAGACACGAAAACACACUACAUUGAACUGUGUUAUGUGUACAUUCUGUGAAGAUUAUUUAUAACAUUUGCAGCUGAAAAGUUUUACUGUAUAUACCAUGUUCUCAAGAAAAUAAUUGUUUACUGUUGGCAACCGGGGGAGAUUUUUUUUUUUUCCUCUCCUGCUAGAGUUAGUACAUUGUGUGAAAGGGAAAAUGUGUGAGAGUAAGAAAAGGGAGCGAUUGAUUUGAAAGAGGUGAUGAGACGAAACGUUUUUCUGCCAAAAGCAAACACUGAGAUGUUGUGUGUAUCGCAGAGAGGCUGGAAUUCUCUGUUUGUUGGAAUCUUUGCCGCUGUAUUGGUUAAACUGCCUGACAUGAAGUGCUGGUAUCUUUUAUUACUACAGGACCCAACCCUGUGUGUCAUGGUGCUUUCCUUUCAUAGUUCAACACAUGCAUAUACUUCUAAACGCAAAGUGAAGUUAUCUUUCAGAAUAAUUAACUCUGUUCUGGAUGAUUUAAAAAUGCUAUAGUCACCAGUUCACAACCGACAAGACACGGCAUCAAACCGAGUUGCCAAGCACAUCUUCACCUGACAGGCUGGCUUGAUCAACAAAGCACAACAGUGUAUGACUACCAUUGAAGUCAGUCUUUUUUUAAUCUGAAUUCUUGUUACCCAAUUUUGUACAUGUGUAAGUAAGAAAAGUGUAUAAUAUGUAUAUAUUUAUAUAUAUAUAAAUAUAUAUAUAUAGAAGAUUAUAUAAAAAGACCUGUUUGAUAAAUAUGCUAAAUGUGAAAUUCAUGUGAAAUAAAAAAGAU